AUGUUAAGGGUUCAGAGCUGUUCCUUGAAGAUACUAAGAUCCCAAAAUCUUUCGAAGAUCUCACGGAAUUACAGUUUUGGAAGAAUAAGCGUUGAUAAUUUAUUAAAAGGGAAGUGUGUUUUAAGUACUGUGGGGAACAAUCAUCUAUAUUCCAAGAUAAGACUUUACUCUUCUAAUGUUGAAAAUACUAAUAGUACACCAUUUGACACCUCUAAGUUAACAAGAGAAGAGCUCAUGAAUUUAUAUAGAACACAGAGAGCCAAAAAGCAAAAGUUUAGGGAUAGAACCGUUGCAUAUUAUGCCACAAGCAUAGCAGUUGUAUUUCUUGGUUUGGCCUAUGCUGCCGUUCCGCUUUAUAGAGCAAUUUGUGCUCGUACUGGGUUUGGUGGUAUUCCAAUUACAGAUAGGCGUAAAUUCACAGAUGAUAAGAUGGUCCCAGUUGAUAGUGAUAAAAGAAUUAGAAUUUCCUUUACCAGUGAAGUUUCCAAGAUGUUGCCAUGGAAAUUUCAGCCUCAACAACGUGAAGUAUAUGUUUUACCAGGUGAAACUGCACUUGCUUUCUACAAAGCAAAAAAUGAAAGUGACAAAGAUAUUAUAGGUAUGGCAACUUACAGUAUAACUCCAGGUGGAGCAGCACCAUAUUUCAACAAAAUUCAAUGUUUUUGUUUUGAAGAACAAAAAUUAGGGAAAGGAGAAGAGGUUGAUAUGCCUGUUUUCUUCUUCAUCGAUCCAGAUUUUGCAACUGAUCCGCAAAUGAGAAAUAUUGACGAUAUUGUUUUACACUAUUCAUUUUUUAAAGCACAUUAUUCAGAUGGUGGUGCUGUCAGCGAGAAUGAUGAACCAAUGACAGAGGGACAGAAAGCUCAUGCCACUUUGAUUGCCCCACCAACUAACUUGGUGAUUGAUUCAGUAGUAGAAAAUGAAUAA